UUCCCUGCGUGCAACUGACGUGACGUGUCUGUAGCCGAGUUGCAUAAGGCAGGGGGAAAAGUCCCUCGCUCUUUUUUUUUUUUUUUUACUUUCUUAAAACAAAAUUUAAUCUGAUCAGGUCACCCGCUUUCCGCGGGGCACGGUGUUUUCGGCCAGUCUGAGCACGUAUCUAUUAUUUAUUGUUCUGUUGUGCCGUUCCGAUCUUUGUUUUCCCUUCCCUGUGGUGUUAUUGCUGAACUCGACUCCGCUGUGUGGCAAGAUGUUGGAUUUUUUCACCAUCUUCAGCAAAGGAGGCAUCGUGCUGUGGUGCUUCCAGGGGGCCGGCGCCAGCGGCUCCUUCACGGGGCCUGUCAAUGCGCUCAUCCGCUCCGUCAUUCUGCAGGAGCGCAGUGGGAACAAUUCCUUCACCUACGAUUCCUUAAGCCUCAAGUACAAACUGGACAAUGAGUUUGAGCUGGUGUUCGUUGUUGGGUUCCAGAAGAUCCUGACGCUGACGUAUGUGGACAAGCUCAUAGACGACGUGCAGCUGCUGUUCCGGGACCGCUACAAGAACGAGCUGGAGCACAGAGGAGCCCUAAUGCUGCUCAGCUACACUUUUGAGUUCGGGAGUGACUUCCUGCAGCUUCUUCGGCAGGCGGAGGACAGCAGCAAGGCCCGCGCCCCUGUCGCCAUGAAGACCUUCCAGGAGUCCCAGAAAUCCCAGAAGACGGUCAAGUCCAUGAUCGAGACAAAGGGAGGGGACAAAGGAAAGGAGAACAGCAAGAAGAACAAAACGGCCAAAAAGGAAGGUGGCUCUCUGCUUGCGGAGGCUCGGCAGGGGUGGGCGUCGGGAUCCGACGGCAGUUUUCAUUCUGGGCAUCUUGGUCCUAUCACAGUAGGACACCCAGAGAAAAGCAGCAAGUCCCCCCGGCCGCCGAAACCGCGUGGCAAGGAAAACCGCGUGUGGGACAACGGGGGCAGCAGCAGCAGAGACCUGGACUACAGCAAAAGCAGCUUCAACGGCGCCCAGGACGGGGAGGGCACGCUGGAAGACACGUCUGCCGACCUGGGGGUGCAGCCUGGUACCAUGGGGGGAGACCUGCGCCCGGUGGAUUACGAGUCCAGCGAGGAAGAGGAGGAGGAGGAGGAGGAAGAGGAGGAGGAGGAGGAGCAGGUGGUCUCCAGUGCCAGUAAGAAAAGCUCUAAGAAAGGAGGCUUCGGGGGGAUGUUCAGCAUGCUGAAGGGUCUCGUGGGCUCCAAGAGCCUGACCCAGGAGGACAUGGAGCCUGUGCUGGAGAAGAUGAGGGACCAUCUCAUCGCGAAGAAUGUAGCAGCCGACAUUGCCUCUCAGCUCUGCGAAUCCGUGGCAAAAAAGCUGGAGGGCAAAGCCAUGGGCACCUUCACCACCGUCACCUCCACCGUGAAGCAGGCCCUCCAGGACUCCCUGGUCCAGAUCCUGCAGCCCAAGCGGCGCGUGGACAUCCUGAGAGACGUGCUGGAGGCGCAGGCUCAGCGCCGGCCCUUCAUCAUCACCUUCUGCGGCGUGAACGGCGUCGGCAAGUCCACCAACCUGGCCAAGAUCUCCUUCUGGCUCAUCGAGAACGGCUUCACGGUGCUGAUCGCCGCCUGCGACACCUUCCGGGCCGGGGCGGUGGAGCAGCUGCGCACCCACCAGCGGCGCCUCAGCGCCCUGCACCCGCCCGAGGCGCAGGCCGGCGGGCGGCCCCGCGUGCAGCUCUACGAGAAGGGCUACGGCAAGGACGCCGCCGGCAUCGCCAUGGAGGCCAUCGCCUACGCCCGGAACCAGGGUUUUGACGUGGUGCUGGUGGACACAGCAGGCCGCAUGCAGGACAACGCCCCCCUGAUGACCGCCCUGGCCAAGCUGAUCGCCGUCAACAUGCCCGACCUGGUGCUGUUCGUGGGGGAGGCCCUGGUGGGCAAUGAGGCCGUCGACCAGCUGGUCAAGUUUAACCAGGCCCUGGCUGACCACUCCAUGUCUGAUAAACCGCGGCUCAUCGACGGCAUCGUCCUCACCAAGUUCGACACCAUCGACGACAAGGUGGGGGCUGCCAUUUCGAUGACGUACAUCACCGGCCAGCCCAUCGUGUUUGUGGGCACUGGGCAGACCUAUAGCGACCUGCGUAGCCUCAACGCCAAGGCUGUGGUCGGCGCCCUCAUGAAGGCCUAGAGGGAGACGCGACCGCCAUCGCUCUCCCCCUGGCCGCCCGCUUUUGAGAAUUCCAGUCCUGCAGCAGCUUCCAUCUUCACACCCACAGACCAUGUGCACACAUGACACACACAGGCUUGGCACCGUUUGGACAUGGGGUGGAACCGAACCCUGCUCACGACAGCAUGCGUCGUUGGGAAGAGACUGUACUGUGAGAUCCUCCUGUUUGAGCCCUUCUCCUUAUGAGACCUGGGGUCCAGCUGACGUUUACCUCAGCCCUGCUCCGGCUGUUGGGGGCUGGCUAGACGCAAGAGACCUGAAGCUGAGAAUUCCUGUAUCCCCGUUUGAAUAUGUUUUAUCAACACAAAUUAGUUUUCUGUCAUAGUUCAGGGAAUGAUGACUUUUUACGAAAUCGUUUAAAAGUGGCAAAUGGUUAAAGUGGCAUUGUUUUUUAUUUAUUUUUUUUGUUUGCUCUUGUUCUGAUGUCCAUUUUUGAAGAUCGCGAGGCAGAACUAUUGUUUAUCACAACUAGCUGUCCAGCUCACAGCAGAACUCUAUUCGGUGUUCUGAAGACGCAGUCCUAUGUCUGGAAAAUCCGGUCUUAACCACAACUGAAUCCAGCCAAAGUCAAACCCCUGGAGAAAGAAGUUACCAUAGUGCCUGUAUUACUCUCCACCGAUUCACAGCUUUGUGCAGUAGAUAAUCUCAGCCCGGCUAUGAAAUCUGAAAUGUCUCAGAUCUUGUGAGGGAUCCUGCCUGUAGGUUUUACUGUUGCACCUUGAGGUACCUGCUAUGGAAAUUCCAAUGACUUAUCCAUGAUUUGAGCCUUAGUCCUCUGCUCUGUUUCUUUUGUUGGGGGUGGGGUGGGGGGGUGGGCAUUUACAUGACAAAAGGUCUUUUAUCCCAGUAACUCUCAGUGGCUAAAGGCACCCACACACCUUUGUUGUGGGCUGUUUAAGUGACUGAAUUUUUUUUUAGUCUAGUCUAAAAGAAUUUACAAUACAAAGGUGUUAAAGCUUCCAAACCCUUUAUGCAGUAGUGCAAUAAAAGAGAAUUGAGAGCUAUAUAGAAAAGUCCAUGUCAUAAUUUAUGAGAAUGUAAUACAUUUGUUAAAAUAAAGCUGCUAUGAUAGCCUU